AUGGUGGUAACGUUAAAAGAUAUACUUCCAAAAUAUAGACCAUCAGUUUACAACUUAAAAAAUCUGCUUAGAAACAAUGAGCUAGUAUUGGAUAUGCUAGCCGAUGUAAAUGAAAGGAACGUCCUUGCAUCCGAGGUGGUUAUGAUGACAUUACUGUGUUCGAAGUCCGGUUCUUCGAUGCUUGAGUAUUACAUGAGUAACAUUGACACAAUAGAUGAUUAUAAAACAUCAGAAAAUUCAAUAUAUAAAAAAAAUACUGCAUUAGCACUUCGAUGGGAAAAUAAUGAUGUUUUGUUAAUCAAAUUUUUAACCAUAUUGCUUUCAAAUAGAAAAACUUUGAUUAAAUUCACUACAGGAAAAGACGACACUUUGUCAAAAAACAUGGCAUUUGCACAAGAUUUAAGGUUCCUCUUUAAUAAGCAUUAUGAUGAAACAAGUUAUUUACCUGCAGCAAUUGUGAAGUCUGAGCAGUUCGAUUACUUGGAAGCAUAUUGUUCGAUUAUAUGGCCAAAAAUUAAAAAUAUCCUACUCGAAUCUUUAAAUAUUGAUAAGCAAUUUCAAGAUGUCACAAAUUCAUUUUUCCAUAAAAUAAUAAAAUUGUAUAAAAGAGAGUAUCUUGUUUCGGCAGAAUUCCUAACUUUAAUUAACGUGUUGACUAACAGCGUACUAUUCAGUUACAUUGUUAUGUUAUCUGAAGGGUAUAUCAGCUCAAAUUAUGAUGGGCUCCUUUACAAAUCUCCUCCUACUUAUAAUGUAAAACAAAGAGAAAACAUGAUGAACUCAUUUGGUGAAUUUCAGUCUUCUGCUAUGCUAACGAAUGAUGAAAACAAUUCUAUUGAUCUAAUGAAACUGACAGAAAGAAGACAAAAUAUCCUUUAUAAGGUUUUAAUUUUUUCAAAACUAAAACAGAUUGAACCAGAAUCAUUCCAACUAAUGUCUCUAUUAUUUAAUAGAAUAUGUGCCUUAGUAGAUCCAUUGACUCAACCAAUACCGAAUGAUGAGCAUGUCAUUUCUUUAGAUUUAUUAUACAAAAUAUUUUUGGCUAUGAUGCUCCCCCAUGUACAAGUGCUUAUAGAAAGAGAGUCAAGCUACGAUUGGAGAUAUGAGAUUUCUAACAAUUUACAGAAAAUAUUAUUCUAUGCAUUUUUAAAUUUAAACUGUUAUGAUAUGGAAAAGCUAAAUAAAGUUGACGAAACUAAGCAUUGGAAAGAACAAUUGCAUUUGUGGUUACCACAUGGAUUAAAUCCCCAAAAUUUGGAGUUACUCUAUAUGAUAUGCAUAUUCUGUGUGUAUGCCAUUUUUAAGCUAUAUGAAGAUAAACCACUUCAUUUCAACCCAUUUUUACCUACAUUGCUUUCGACUUGGAAAAAAUUGACCUACGUAAUGCUAUACGGUUUGCAAGUUGACAGAUUUGAAGAAGAAAAUGAGUCAUUUAAUACACCCAUUAUGGUCAGAGCUACUAUCAGAGGCGCAUCUGCGUUAAGGUCUGUAGUGGCUUCUAUCUUAAAUAAUCAAAUGGAUGGUAAGAAACAUGACUUCCAACAUGAACCUUUGAAUACUUUCAUGUCACCUCAUGGCAGAAAAUUAUGUACUGGUGCCUUGUAUGCUGAUUUGAAAUCGUAUACUGCCUCUAUGCUGGCAUGUGGUAUGGAGUUUAAGGAUAUUACAGAACUACUAUCGUAUUUACAACCUGGUGAUUGUUUUGAUGAGGAUGUAAAGUAUAUGUUUGAAUAUGAAUACGAUGAUUAUAAUGAGCCUGAGGAAGAUGAAUCGGAUGAAGACGGGGAGAGAAAUAACAGUGAAGAAAAUAUCAAAUUUAAUUUCAAUCGUCGUAGAUGCAGAUGUGUUUUUAGUGAUGAUGAUGUCUUGGAACAUGGUGACUUUAAUGAUGCCAAUUCGGAGUACAGCAAUAGUGAAGAAAACAGUAAUGAUGUUGAUAAUUUCGUGUUACCUAAUGAUGGUAUCGAUAAACCAAAAAAUGGGGUUGAGUUUGACUUCGAUGGUAAGGAUUGGAGAGCUGUUCCUCGUCACUUAAAUAUGUUUUACUCUUUCGAUUAUAUAUUUAUCGAGAAUCCAUUAGAAGUUUUAAUAAGAUCAUUAAUUUCAGAAGCGUCUGCAAGUGCAUUGAGUAAAAAGAAAUCACACCUUUUACUAAGGAAUAUUGCAUCUGUUAUUAAAAUUAACCAAGAUUCUAGAAUAUUAGGUAGUAAACGUUCACCUAACGGAACUGAUUCUUCUAAAUCCCAAAAUGGCUUAUCAACUGGUGAUUUAAUAAAAUUGAUUACCGCAGGAGAUACGUUUGAAAAUAUUUUGAAAUUCAAUAGGGAGUUAGGUUGUUUUUUAAUGGAUGAACUUUUAAUGAUUCUCGGUUAUAGGAGAGUACUACUAUGGUUUCUUACGCAUCUGACCUUAUCUCAUACAAUCAUUUAUUAUAUAUUUGAAUUAUUAAUGCAUCAUCGUGGGCAAGUGUCUGAUACAGAAAGAGAGCAAAGUGAGUUAUCCUAUACAUUUUCCAGACAAGGUGAACUAAGGCUAUCAGAUCUUGAAAGAGAAAUGCUCUUGCAAGAAUUUUUUACGAAUGCCACAAUGUUCUUCUCUAGUAAAAGUGUGUUGUUUGCCUCAGACACUGGUGAUAAUAAUGAGAUCAACACUGAUGUAGAUGGUGAAGAAGGGUUAUACUCCUUGUAUGCAGUUGGAUUGAUGAGAGUAACGUGUAUUAUGAUUAUCAGCUUAUUUGAUAAUGCAGAUUUUGACUUAAGUAGCUCUGAAAGUAUAUUUGAACUUCAAACUUUGUUAAUGGGAUGGAUUAAUAUAAUUCCUGAAGCUAAACUCUUAUUUUUCAAAUUAAAAGAAUCUGUUAAAUCUUUCAAUGGUAUUGACAAUCCUGAACUUAAGAGUAUUGAAGAAUCAUCCACUACAACGAAAAAAACAACGAUAGAUGAAAAUUCAGAGCAGUAUCGUUUUAAUAAGAAACUUCUCAAAACUUUUCCUAAAUCAUUCAGCGGAGAUGACGGUGAUAUUCUAUUGAAAACCUUUAAAGAUUUUCUCAGAAACUAUUCUUUUGAUUCAGAACCUCCAUACAUUGGAAGAAAAGUCAUAUACGAAUCUGACGAAAUUCUUCAAUUGACUGAUAUUGAAAAACCAAUUAGUUUACAUAAAUUCUUAAGUGGAGAGCAGUUGUAUGACGUUGAUAUUCAAUUCGAUUACGGAGACAAAGAAGCUUAA